AUGUUCAAAAAGAAGCCAAAUGUUAAACAGCUCUCCCCCCUUCGAUCCACCGACCGCCGCAAGCUCGCAAAUCAGAUCAUCAAAGACUUCAAUUUAACGCCUCCACCUCCCCCGCCAGCACCACCACCGCCACCAGCGGAUACGGAGGCAUCGGGUGAGGCUACAAUCGAGAAUGCAGAAGCAGGAGCAGCAGUAUCCCGCCCACCGCCCCCCAAUGCUGGCGAAAUUGCCCUACGCAAUGCCCUCCUCCCCGACCCCUCCAAUUCCGCGAAAAUCUCUACAACCCACGGACCAGACCUGAAGCCCAUCACCGGGGUAAUCUACUUAACGAGCGAUAAGCCUCCACUCCCGCUUUGGAUAAAGAUGGGCUCGGAGGGGAUGUUCCCCACUGUGUACUCCCUCUGGCGGAACCCCGGUAUCGUGCCGGUGGUACAUACGCACGCACCGGUGAUGGAGAGGUUGUGCGAUGGUGCGGAUUUGAUGAUUCCAGGACUCGUCGGGCCGUUUCCGGUGGAGGCGAAGGUCGGGAGGAUUGUAGGGAUUGCGUGUUUGGAGAGACCGGGUGUGCCAGUGGUUGUGGGGGUUUGUGAGGUGGAUGUUAGUGCGCUCGAGGCGGUUACUGGGGAGAAGGGGAAGGCGGUGAGGGUAUUGCAUUGGGUUGGCGAUGAGAUUUGGAAAUUGGGGGGUGAAGGGGCAAUCCCUGAGCGGUUGGGUGAUGAGGGUGAGGUUGAGUGCUUGGAGGAGGGGGUUGGUGGGGUGAGUUUGGAAGAUGUCGGUGGGAAGGGGAAAGGGAAGGAGGUGGAGGUUGGCAACAAUGAUGCGGGUGACGGGCAGGAGGAUAUAAGGGAGCUUUCAGUGAAAGAGAUUGAUGAAGCAUUCCAUGCGGCAGCAAUGUUUGGAAUGUUUGAUCAUUUCGACACCGGAAAAUUCACUUCGUUGAGUUUCCCACUCACUUCCUCGCAGUUUAUAUCUACACUCGUACUGCCGUAUCUCCCGCCAGCAUCAAGCUUUCCUCCACACAACCCGCUGCAAAAUACCGCUCCCCAUCCGUCUCUACAGAUGAAGAAAUCUGGCCAUAAGAAUUCUGCAAAGUUCUUGAAACUGCUAGAUAAGGAAGGAUAUAUCAAGGUUAAGACCAGGAACGGAGGAGAGGUAGUGGUGAUGGAUGUGGAUUGGGACCACGACGACGUUAAAGAUUUCACCCCAUAUGCUCUUCCCGUACCGCCCAAAGAGUCCAAGAAUGAGACCAGUACUGGGCCUGCGAGUGGAUCCACUGCUCCUAGUCCAAUAAGGAUACUGGAGCUCUUCAAACCAAAUGGAAAAGCCACCACGGUAUUCUAUGAAGUGGGGGCAGGGACAAAAGACUUCUACACCUCCACUGAGGUAAAAGCCAUUAUGAAUAAAUAUAUUGAAAAGGAAAACCUAAUAAGCACUACAAACAAACGCGUAGUGAAGAUCAAUGCUAAUAUCUCUAACAUCCUCCUGAACCCGAACCUCCCCGAGGACCGGGAAGCGCUCAAAGCCGGCGUGACAAAGCGGGACUACCUCGGCGAGAAGCUCUUAAAGGCCUGCUCACCAUACUAUCGCGUUCUACACCCCUCCGCUGAUGAAUCGAGUAAGCCCAAAUCCGGUGCGCCGCCGAAAGUCUCCAUCAUAAUGGAAUCGCGACAGGGCAAGAAGACUGUGACGAAGGUUAGUGGAUUGGAGCCGUUCGGGAUAGACGCCAAGGGAGCGGCGGAGGUGCUACAGAGGGCUUGCGCUGGGAGCGCGAGUGUUGGGUUGCUGAGUGGGAGUAGCCCUAAGACUCCGGUCAUGGAGAUUGUGCUCCAAGGGAGUCACAAGAAGGCUGUUGUGGAGUUUCUGGAGAAGAAGGGGGUUGUGGGCAAGUUCGUUGUUGUUGGUGAUAAGACUGGUGGGAAGAAGAAGUGAGGUGAGGUGGGGAAUGCUGAGUUAGACUUGAUAGCAGUUCAUGUACGGUAGCUGGUUGGCUAGUUGCAGUAGUAUGUCUAUCAUAGUUGUAGGGAUAAAGAGUUGACAUUUG